AUGUCUUCAGCCAAACUACAGAACGUCGCCAUAUUCGGGGCAACUGGCAACAUCGGCCAGCACAUCUUCCGAGCCCUCGCCAACCCCCAGCUGCCCUCGUACAAGCCCAACAUCACAGUAUUCCUCCGCCCCGGCACCACCCAAUCGAAAAAGGCGUCCUUUCCCUCCUCUGUCCGCAUCCUCGAAGCCGACCCCUCCGAUCGCGCGCAGCUGGCACAGGCCCUGCGCGGGAUCGACGUGGUCAUCAGCGUCCUCAGCGGUCCCGGCAUAGACGCGCAGCGUGAUCUCUUAGAGGCCGCCGUGGAAGCAGGCGUGAAGCGCUUCUACCCCAGCGAAUGGGGCUUCCACAACGUCUACCGCAAACCCGGUGACGAGUGGGGACACAUCCAUCCCUUAUGGGACCAGAAAGCCCGCUUCGCCGACUGGCUGGUGCGCCACCCCGCCGUUGAGUCAGGCCGGAUCACGUACACCAUCAUCGGCAACGGCGACUUCUACGACCAGGAGUGGGAGUACAUCUGGUGCGCGUGGGCGCAGGACCCCGCGCGCGUCGGGCCGCAGUAUAAGAUGUACAUCCUUGGCGACGCCAACGCGAAGGUGGACUGGUCGAGCCUCGACGACGUCGCCAAUUUCGCGGUCGCGACCCUCGCGAGACCAGAGGAUUCGUGCAAUCGCACGCUAAACUUCCCGAGCGACACCGUCAGCCAGGUGAGGAUUGCGCAGAUGCUGGAGGAGUAUAGCGGUAAACCCGUCGAGCGGGUGCACGUACCGAUGGAGGAGGUGCAUCGGGUGAUCGAGGACCCCAGCAGAGCGCCCAAAGAGGUCGCUGAGAGCAGCAAGAUUCCGGUGCAAUUCUGGUACACCGUGAAGGGCUGCCAGGGGAUGGGGAUCGGAUACCGCCCGGCCGAGUUCAACCAUCAUGAGGCUUGGCCGGAAGUAAAGAGAACGAGCAUUGAGGAAUACUUCAAGAGGAAGUUUGACCGCUCGUGA